AUGAUCGCGAUCGCCGCGAUUCAGGUGUUCGUAGUCCAGGCUGACACUGGGCGUUCCUCUAGGUUCCCAGUGAUUGUGCGCACACUUGACUUGCGCAGUAUCCUUGGCUCCCCGGAUCUGGAGGGGAUCGCAAGCACUGCUGCCUCCGCAAUCAUGGAGGCCUAUGAAAACUUGGAAGCCUGGCUUGGUGCUGUGAAAGAGGUCACAGGGCAUGCCACUCAGGUGGAUGUUGCGUUGCUGCUUCAGUUGCGAAACGUGUACAAGCAGCUCCUGCCUGCAGCUCAGACUCAGCUGCCCCCCAGCCUCUGCUUUGUCGCUGCUGACAUAGUCAGACUGCGCCGCAAGGAAGCCGUCCCACUCCCUCCCUCAGAGGAGCUGGCACGCGUCCUCUUAGAAGCUGGAAAUGCUGAGACAACUGGGGAGGAGCUGCUUCCUAGCGCGGCUGUGGCUCCCCAGCUGCGGCUGAGGGCACGGCUGCAUCUGGAGGCUCUCAAGAUUCUGGAGUGGUGCUUCAUUGUGAUGGCCACCGAGCAACCUUCCUGA